ACAGCAGUUUGUUGACCAGGUGUGAUCGUGUGAAACGUUUUCGCUGAAUCAAACUCGCUACACUAUGUGGUACAGCGUCCAGCGGCUUCAAAUCAUGAUCUGAAUGACUGAGCUUCCUGCAUUUAAAUGGACAGUAACAGAGGAGGAAGAGGAGGCAGAGGGAGGAGAAGAAGUCGUGGUGGAGAGGACAGAGAUGUCCGCCUGUCCAAAUCCUUAUCUUAUGCCCUUCGCCAUGGAGCCAAACAGAUGGGGCUUCACAUGGGUACAGAUGGCUUCCUGUUUGUGGAAGAACUCCUGACUCAUCCGCAGUUCCGCUCAUACUCAUUGGGAGAUGUUGAGAGAGUGGUGGCCACAAAUGACAAGCAGCGCUUCAAGCUCCGUUCCCACCCAGAAAAUGGACGUUUGCAGAUUCGAGCCAAUCAGGGCCAUUCAGUGCAGGUAAAGGAUUUGGAGCUGAAACCGGUCCUGAUUGAUUCUCCAGACUGCCCUGCUGAGGCAGUUCAUGGCUCCUACCUCUGCAAAUGGAGCUCCAUUCAGCAACAAGGCCUGAGCUGCAUGAAGAGGACACACAUCCACCUGGCGUCAGGCCUCCCAGGGGAGGAUGGCGUUAUCAGCGGCAUGAGGAAAGACUGUGAUCUUGCUGUGUUUAUCGAUGUGCACAAAGCUCUUGCUGACGGUAUUGAGUUCUUCUGGUCAGAGAAUGGUGUGUUGUUGACUGCAGGCGAUGCAGAGGGAAAACUUCUCCCAAAAUAUUUCAGCCGGGCCUUAAGACUGAGACCUACAAGGAGUAUCCUGCCACUGCAGUAGCAGCAGGGAACACUUGUUUGUCAUUGGUCGCACGAAAGCUCACCUGACUGUGUUAGCAUCCCAUGGUUGGUUGAUGCUUAUCCUAGUUCCCUUGGUAACACGUGUUGUUUGGCAGGAGCAUUCUAGUGAGGCGAUUUUGGUCAAGAACAGGAGAGCCCGUUCAAAAUUUAUCCUAAAUUUGGGACUUAAUUGGAAAAAAAAUGUCACUUUUGCAUCAUUAUUUAAAGGAUCAAGAUGGCUUUAGGAAAGAAUCCUUUAUAUUUAAAUGAUGAUUUACCCAGCCUAUGCUGGCAAAUAUCAGAAGUAUUGAGUCUUUGUUUUCUCUUUUCUAUUGUUAGUGCUAAAUAAACUGUGGCACACACUGACUAACAA